AUGAGCGGACUACGUAAGCACGUCACUAUGGGACUGGUGCUACUGAUGUGCACGCUGACCGAUCACUGCGGCGAGAGCGCGCCCUCGGCUGCCCCGUCGUCGUCGUCGUCCUCGUCCUCGUCCUCUGCAGUCGGUCGGGACGCACGGCAGGACUUGAGGCGGAUGGUAGAGAUCGUGAGGCACGUGGAGCAGAGAGGUGGUCGCCACGGUGCGAGCACGGAAGCCCCGUCGACCUCACGGGUGAGGAGCUCUCCGGUGGAACCAAAGGAUUUACGCAGCUUGAAAACAGACAGAGGCGACCAGGUUGUCGUCGUAUUCCCCAGAGAUCUCAGGAAGAAGGAGAAAUUCCUAAAACAUAUAACAGGUCCACUUUACUUCAGCCCGAAGUGCAGGAAGCAUGUCUACAGACUUUACCACCACACCAGAGACUGCACAAUACCUGCAUACUUCAAAAGAUGUGCACGCCUUCUCACAAGACUAGCUGGCAGCCCGCAGUGCACAGAGGGGUAGCACAGACAAGGAUGAAAGCAAACACAAGUCCUC